CGGCCGAGAGAAGAGCCCGUCCCGCCGGCUGAAGCGGGUGGCCCAACUGCCCGCCGAUCUUCUCCUCUCCGGGCGCCUUCCAGCCCCGGCUGAUGCCGCUUAGCCUCCUCGCACCGCCGGCCGCGCUCGAGCGGAGCCUCGUCCGUCGGGGCCCACGUUGAGCCACCGCGGCCCCCUCCCCUCUCAUUUCCCCCGGUCCGAAGAGUCUCUCUCUCUCUCUCUCUCUCUCCUCCCGCCCAACUCCAGCGCCUCGGCCUUUCCCAGGCGCGGGGCGGCGGCUGGGUUGCCCCCCCACCCCCGGAGCCGGGCGGAGGCUGGUCCGCCACCCGGCUCCCUUCAUGCACCUGCCGCCCCAGGACGCGCUCCUGAGCAUGGGCGACGCCGGGGGCGGAGGCGGAGGCUUCUCGCUGGCUGGGCCCCUGCUCAGGAGCCCCGUGUCGGGAGGUCCCCCGUCUCGUCUCCACAGCAUCGAGGCCAUCCUGGGAUUUACCAAAGAGGACCCCCGUUUGGGCAGCUUCCAAAGCCCCGAGGGCAACGGCCAGGGGGCCAAGCCGGGGAAGGAAGCGGCCGAGAAGACGGGCGCCGGCGGGGAAGGCUUCGCCCAAAUGCCCGCCCAGGAAGCGCUGAGGCAGGAGCAGGCGAGCCCCAGGACGGGGCGCUUCGGAGAUCCCUACUGUACCAAACAUUCGGACAACUGCUUGAGCCCGGAGCUGGCUGCUUGCAACAGUGAUGGCAAGCUCUUAGAUGAAGACCAGCCCAAGAAGAAGCAUAGAAGGAACCGUACCACUUUCACCACUUAUCAACUACACGAGCUGGAGCGAGCUUUUGAAAAAUCUCACUAUCCUGAUGUUUACAGCCGAGAAGAGCUUGCCAUGAAAGUCAAUCUACCUGAAGUCAGAGUUCAGGUUUGGUUUCAGAAUCGGAGAGCGAAAUGGAGGCGUCAGGAGAAGCUGGAAAUGACCUCCAUGAAGCUGCAGGAUUCGCCCAUCCUCUCCUUCAACCGCUCUCCUCAACCUUCUGCCAUUGGGACUAUUGGUAGCAACCUGCCCUUGGAAUCAUGGCUCAGCCCACCCAUGUCAAACAGUAGCCCCCUCCAAACUUUGCCUGGGUUUGUGUCCUCCCCGCAGAGCCUCCCUAGCAGCUAUACCCCUCCUCCUUUCCUAAACUCUCCCCCCAUGGGACACACUUUGCAGCCCCUGGGGGUCAUGGGGCCACCACCACCUUAUCAAUGUGGGACGAACUUUGUGGAUAAAUUCCCAUUGGAAGAAGUGGAUCCCCGGAAUACCAGCAUUGCAUCAUUAAGGAUGAAAGCGAAGGAGCACAUCCAGUCCUUUGGCAAACCGUGGCAGACAAUCUGAACUAUGUUUGGAAGAGGCCUCAUUUCUUACAUCUUCUGUUGGACAGAUAAAGAGGACCAUUGUUCUCAAGAGUGAAUUUCAGGGUAGAAGUAAAAGGAACGCUCAACAAUUAAUCAGUGGAACAACUUGCCUCCAGACUUGUUCCAUCACUGGAAGUGUUUGAAGAAGAGAUUGGACAACCAUUUGUCUGAAAUAGGAGUUCCUGCUUGAGCAGAGGGCUAGACUAGAAGACCUCCAAGGUCCCUUCCAACUCUGUGAUUCUGACAAGCCAUCAGUUGCCUCCUCCCAUUUCCCUAGUUAGUUCUAGGUUUCCUUUGGAUGGGAUUGUAGGGUUUUGUUUUUUUUUAAAUGAUCUCAUCAUUUGAUAUCUUGGCUGGAUAAAACAAAGACAAUUGUAACUUUCCUAGGUGAAUUUUGUAAACAUUAAAGCACAGAUAUUUUUGCAUUAUA